AAACCCUUGCUAUUCCAGUUUCUAUUCGGAGACACAGACUACCCAUUAACCAAAUCCAAGCACAAUACAAUUGAGUCUGGAGCAGCAACUAGAUCACGCCGAGACUUGAUCUGAGAACCUUCACACAAAACAACCACAACAGGACAUGCACAAGGAGAAACACGGGGUCCGCUUGAACAUUGGGUUUCAGUAACGUUUGCAAUUUAUUCACAAAAACAAACGCAAAACAACAACAACAACAACUAUAUGUACAUGGAGCGUCUCGUGUCUUUAUUUAUGUGAUUCAUUUAUUAUUCCGAUUACAGAGCUGAAUUCACAAGAAAGGGACAGCACGUCUCCCAGGUUGGACUAUUUUUAUAUUGAAAGACUUCCAGUUUUUAUUUGCUGAUCAAAAUGGGUUGUUGCACAGGACGAUGCACGUUGAUAUUUCUUUGCACUUUGCAGCUGCUGGCAGCGUUAGAGAGACAGAUUUUUGAUUUCCUUGGUUACCAAUGGGCUCCUAUUCUAGGAAACUUUCUUCACAUAAUAAUUGUCAUCUUGGGCCUGUUUGGAACCAUUCAGUACAGGCCAAAAUACAUUGUGGUGUACUCUGUCUGGACCGCUUUGUGGGUUGCCUGGAACGUGUUCAUUAUCUGUUUUUAUUUGGAAGUAGGAGGGCUUUCAAAGGACACUGAUUUCAUGACCUUUAACAUCUCUAUGCACCGCUCCUGGUGGCGGGAGCACGGGCCAGGCUGUGUGAGGAGGGAGGUCCCGGCGCCAGCCACUCGUAGCCUUGACGACCACUCUUACAUAUCUGUGACUGGCUGCAUCGUUGAGUUCCAAUAUCUGGAGGUCAUUCACAGUUCCUUUCAAAUACUACUGGCUCUGAUUGGUUUUGUAUAUGCCUGCUACGUGAUCAGUGUCUUUACAGAGGAAGAGGACAGCUUUGAUUUUAUAGAUGGACUUGAUUCAUACACCUACCACCACCACUCACCCCAGAAAGCUUCCCCUAUCCAGUUAAAGCCUGUUUACCUAUCGAAGUAAAUGAGGAAAACCAACUGACUCCAGUUGAACAAACAUGCUUCAAAAGAAAAGACACUUUAUGUUACACAGUUCACUGAAGAGACAAACGAAUGGAGAUAUAUCUUGAAUACUGUGUGUGCGUGUGUGUGUGUGUCAAAUAUAUGACCAAAUUUCCAAACUGCUGCUUGAUUAUGGCAGCCCUUGGUAGCCCUCGGUGUUUUUUUUUAUUUUAAUAUGAAAGUUGUGUGUAAAAACAUGAGAAAUGUGUGAUGACCUGCUGUGGAAAUAUUAAGAGAUCUGUUUUUUCAGAGAAAAGCAGAACAGGUAGCUGAUCUACUGACAGUAAUUAUUCAUCACUGCAGCCCUCAGAAGAUAUUUACACCAAUGCAGAUUUUACAGGUUUAUUAGCUGGUCAUUUGUAAUAUAAUAUUAGCAUUAAUUCAUUUUUAAUGUCUUGUGAUUGUUAAAUAAUAUUUCUAUACAUGUAAUUUGACAAGCUUUCCUUUGCAGUAGCUGAAAAUUGUAAUUAACACAUUAUACUGUAGUAACUUACUUUUGUUUUUUAAUGGAGAUAAUAGUGGUAAGAAAUAUGGGUCACGUAAUUCAACACACAUUAGUAAAUACUGUAAAAGACACUUGGCAGUGGUGAUUCUUUUUGUUUUGUUCUUUGCUAAAAGCAUCAGAAUACUGUUUCCUUGAGUGUUAGGCAUAUUCCUUUAAAGACUGUGUCUAAUUGGGAUUGUUAAUUUUGUAUGAAUUCAGAUCUACAGAAAUACAUAUGCGUAGUGUGUAUAUACAGAUAAAGUCAGCCAAUUGUAUACUGUAUGUGUGAGACUAUAAAAGCGAUAGCGUGACAGUACUACUGUAAUUGCAUUAAAGCCCAUUUACUGUCAUGCGAAUACUUUCGAACACAGACCACUGUGAAAAUGUCAGUUACAGAAAUUAGAGGCAUUGUGCUGGCGAUGCUGCUCCUUAAAAGUAGACCAGAAUGCUACAUGCCAUAAUUGUAGUAUGCAAAAUUGAAUUCCUAAAACCAUGACUCAACAGAUGUCAUUGUGCUAAAAAAUGUGUCAGGAAAAGUUAUUAUUAUUAUUAUUAGUUUAUUUAGCGACUUGCAGAGACUAGGGUGUGUGAACUAUGCAUCAGCUGCAAAGUCACUUACAACUACACCUCACCUGAAAAACAGAGCACAAGGAGGUUAAGUGACUUGCUCAGGGUCACACAGUGAGUCAGUGGUUGAGGUGGGAUUCAAACCGGGGACCUUCUGGUUACAAGCCCUUUUCUUUAACCACUGGACCACACAGCCUUCUAUAAAAAAGUUGACCCUUCCAGUCCAGUUCUUUAUGACAACCACCAAAUUCAAAAUUAUUCUUUUAAACGUUUUGGAGCUUUCCAGCAGUCUCAUUGGAUGACAAACAUUCCAGGCUCUCUGCUUAUCUCAGUACAACUGGACCGCUGUGAUGUGAUUGAUUAUGUUACCUAUAUUAGUGUCACAUGAGAGACAUAAAGCGUGUAUAAAGAAUUAGACACAGCUAGGAAUGCUCAGCCUACAGACCAUAAAUACAGUAUAUACAUAUUUGGAAAUUUAAAAAAAAAACUUGUAUUGUGAUUUAAAAUAAUAAAUACAUAAAUAAAGUAUAUUCUUUAAAUAUACCGUACUGAAAAGCCGGCAUAUUUCUACUGUAUGAAAUGUAAAGUUAAGACAUUUUCUAUGUGUACAGUUGAGAAAAAACUGCUGUUUGACUGUUUAGUUUUUUAUGCCAGCAACAUUUAAAGCAUGGGGGGAAAACAGAUGCAUGCUUUAAAUUAGGCAACAUAAGAAGUUACAAAUGAAGUGUUUUCUCCAAGUUUUGUAAGGCUCCAAACAAAACAUUUCUGUGUAAUGGAAUAGCAGCUCCAUCUGCUGGACAACAUAAAGUACUGAACAGUGAAAUAUAUAAUUUCUUAUAAAUUCAGAUUUUUUAGAGAUCUGCAAUACCAUGCUGCUUAUAAGUUAAAGUACUGUGUGAUAAAAUAAAUAAUAAAAAAGACAAAACAUAAAAUAUGCUUUCAGAUCAAAAGCUCUGUGGCAGAGUGAAACUGCAAAUGACAGGUGAAGUGAAACUGCAUUUGCUUCAGGUUGUCAGGUUGUUUCCAGCUCAGGUCAUUAACAUUAAACGGACACUUCAAUCUGCUCUCAGGGGCCUGUUUAAUAUCAAACAAAUUCCCAGGUGACCACUUUAGGAAAAUCACUAUUACAGUAUGAAGACAUCUGCAGGCAGUGUGGACACAAAGGGUGGGGUGAGUAGUAUAGGGAGGCAGGGGCUGGUGCAUUGUAUGCAGAUUGUUCUCUGUAUGCAGAUUAAUAGAUAAUCCGAGUCUUCAGUGCUGUCAACCCAGUGCGUUUCAGAGCACUUUGGAGGCCAGUUGUUUUGCAUACUAUGUUAUUAUUAUUUUAUGUAAUAUGGUUGAACAGUCUUUUUAUCAGAUACAGUGACCAGAGAGGAUGAGAGGGUGAGUGUAAACAUGCUUGUUAAACUUGCCCACUAACAGGUGAUGUGCAUAAGUGAUUCUCGUCAAUAUUGUUUUUAACCAAGAGGUAUAUACCCCCUACCCACACCACAUGGGAAAACAACAUGACUAAAGCUGAGAUUUAUCUUUUCCCUUUGAAUAUUGCUAAUAUACUACCCACCCAUGAGAUUUUGAAUAUUCAUAAACAACACUUACGCAUUAGUGUUCAGCUCAUUUUAGUGUGCAAAAUUACUACAUUGGCAACCCUCUGCCAACUUUGUAUUGCCUUUUGCUGUUCUGAGGUUAAACACUCAUCACUCCGUAGCAUUAGUCAGUAGGUGACUUCCUCCGAAGACAGAGUUGGAGAGACCAAUUUCUGACAGCCAUUAUUAUUACUUGGGCUGAUUAAAUCUCAGUUGAAACUGGUUUAUUCUCAGUUUGCUGCCGAUGGAAAUACAUAUAAAUUGUUUUAACUCCCGGUGGCAGAUGGAAAUGUGGUAUUUGGAAGCACACACUUACAGUGAGCACUGAAUCUGACUAUAUAAAAGUGAAAAUAACAUGUAAUUAUUGUAAUUUUGUAAGUUUCUCAGGGAAAAAGGUGAACCAUACCGCUGUAUCUCCAGUGGGAGAUACCAUUUAAAAAUGUGAGUUCAUUUUGCAUCACUGGUCCAUGCUGUAUGUACCUCCCAACACUGUCGAGUUUAUAUAGAUUGCAGUAACGUAGGGUUCAUCUUUUUCUUUUCUCUUUUAUUUCUGCUUUAAUUCAGGAAAUGUAUGUGUGAAGGUUGUAGUCUGUGAAUGGCAUUUUGUGUAGAAUGGUAGAUUUUAUGCAUAAACAAUUUUUACCUAUGUACAUAUUAUACACAUUCUUCUUAUGUGAUCUGACAUAGAUAGAUAGAUAGAAACUCAAUGUACACAUCUUUCUGAUAUAGAGGACCCUCUGUGUGGGGUAUUGUGUACAAAUUAGUAUUAAUAACAGACAGUAUUUGUCAUUUAUUAAUAAAUAUGUAAAAUGGAGUAGCAGAGAAUGGUCUGAUGGUUUAAUUUAUUAAUGUAUGAAUUUAAAUACAACCUUUGCUUUCUAGUAAGCCAAAUGGCAAUCUCUUACACAAAUUCAGCUAUUACAAAACAAAUUAUGAUUUACUUUAAAAAAAAUAAACAAUAAAAUUGAAAACUCUU